UAAAAUACAAUCCUGUGCGUAACUGCAGCCACACUCUCACUAUCUUUUCUAUCAACACGGAUGUCCAGUUUCAAGGAGAGGAUAUGUAUCAGGGCAUAAUGACAACCAACCACGGACCCCCUUCCUAUGAGGCUGGAUUUCUCCACAACGCUUCGGCUGGCACCUCUCCGGUUUACGUGCCCACCACGCGGGUCGUCACCCCCAUGAUCCCGGCGCUGCCUUACCUCCAGACGCCCGGCGCGUCGCAGCAGAGCAGCCCCGUGGUGAGCCACUCUGCGUGGGCUCAGCCGGGUGCCGACUCUGUGUCCUCGUACAGUCACGCACCGGUGUCUCCGCGCUUCGCGUUUUCCACCAGCCCGCCUCUGUCCUCCGGCGUGGCCACUGCGCGGGACGCGACAGCUUCUUACACCAGUCCGCUCAACAUCUCCGCCAACGGGAGGGAACACUACGGCGCCCGGAGCCUCAGCGGGUCGUAUCACAGCCCCUACCCGGCAUACGUGAGUCCGAACGUGGGUGGGACGUGGCCGGCGUCCCCCUUUGAUAGCCCGGUCCUCCACGGUCUCCAAUCCGGCGCUCCUCCUGGCGCAACACGGCACCCAAACAUAGACCUGUUUGAUGACUUUGCUGAGGGACGAGAGUGUGUGAACUGUGGGGCGAUGUCGACCCCCCUCUGGAGGCGGGAUGGUACCGGCCACUACCUGUGCAACGCCUGCGGACUGUACCACAAGAUGAAUGGCAUCAACAGACCGCUUAUCAAGCCUCAGAGACGGCUGUCUGCCUCAAGGAGGGUGGGCCUGUCCUGCACCAACUGCCACACCACCACCACCACCCUGUGGCGACGAAACGCAGAAGGAGAGCCGGUCUGCAACGCCUGUGGCCUCUACAUGAAACUCCAUGGGGUACCACGACCCCUGGCUAUGAAGAAAGAGGGGAUCCAGACCCGCAAACGCAAACCCAAGAACCUCAGCAAGUCCCAAACUGAUUUGUGCUCCACAGGGACCCCAGGCAGCGAGGGGACUCCCACUCCGAGCAGCACUCCCCGUGCCGCCUCCGCCGCCACGGAGGAGCCUCGCCAGAUAAAGACGGAGCCCGACACUCACAGCUUGUACACACACCACAGCACACACGCACAGAUUUCAGCCCUGCCAGCCUACAUGACAGCUGAAGGUGGGGCCAUUCCUCUCAAGGUGUCCCCUGGGGGCCACAGCGGGUCCUCUGGCUCCAAAGCUGAACCCUGGAACAACCUAAUACUGGCAUAGAAGACCUACAACCCGAUAUCUCAAACCAACCUGUCUAUACUGAUUAAACUGUGCUGAGAGACAGCGGUCUCCAGACAGCAGAGUGCCGCUCUGGAUGCAGAUGUUCCCGCAGCCCUCACACCGUGCAGUGCCUUCAGUUCAACGCUCCGGGACAGAUAUGCAAAGCACCACAAAAGAAAUGGAGAUCUUAAACAGAACUGCACAGAAUCCUUGAGAGGACAGAAUGGAGUUUGUGUUAGACGAUCAUUAAAGAGCAGCGCUGUGAUUAAAUACUCAACAACUCUUGAAAAAAAGGUGAAAAACCUUUUUGUGUCAUUCUCACCUUUUCUACCAGUGCAGGGGCAUUAACUGUUUGCCGAAUACUGUAAGAUAAACCAGUGACACACUACAGCAAUGAUCAGAGUUAUAUUUAUUUCAAGAUGUUUGUCUUGAUUUUCAUAACGUUAUGGACAAUUUAUCAUAAAAGGAUGGAAACACAAACAGCACACUGUAAUGUCAAAAGUAGCACCAUGUCGCAGGUGUAGUUAAAGGGUCACUACGAGUUAAUAAUAAUAAU